CAUGGAGUAAACGUUAGCGGAUAGUGAUUAGCGCCGAUUAUUUAAGCAAAAUUAAUUUAAAACGCUAACUACAUUAUUAAAACACAGAAUUCAAGUGAGUUCUGUGGUUGUGUCUUUAGACAGAGCGAGCCCGUUUCGUAAACCUUCGCACCUAGCCAACAGAUUUGAAUUUUUCCUGGACUGUCGUGAACGAUGAGUGGUGGACCAGAUGCUCACAAAGAGUUUAUGGAGCAGCUGCGGAUGCAGGAACUCUACAGCCAGAGAAGUGAGGAUGGCUCCGACCCCUACACCUACACUGACCCAGAGGACGGGACUGUGUAUGACUGGGAUCAUGACAAGAAGGCCUGGUUCCCUAAAAUAACGGAGGACUUCAUUGCAGCCUACCAGGCCAACUAUGGCUUCACUCAGGAGGGAGAUCCAGGUGCUAACAAUGCAGCAGUGAGCAGCACUGACACAGCAGCCCCAGAAACAGACAGCAAGCCUUCAGAAAAGGAGAAAAAAGUAGAUGCCAACCCGAACCCAAAGGAGCCUGAGACCCCAGCUAAAGAAGCCAAGCAGAAAGGGGAGAAGAGGAAAGCAGAGCCAGGAUGGUUCGAUAUUGACGACAACAAAAACACUAACGUCUAUGUGUCAGGCCUGCCCCCUGACAUCAGCCCUGAGGAGUUUACUGAGUUGAUGUCCAAGUGCGGCAUUGUGAUGCGGGACCCAGUGACUGAAGAGUACAAGGUCAAACUCUACAAGGACAAAGAGGGAAAUCUGAAGGGAGAUGGCCUCUGCUGCUAUCUCAAGAAGGAGUCGGUGGCAUUGGCAAUGCGUCUGAUUGAUGAGUCAGAGCUCAGAGGUUACAGACUCCACGUGGAAGCAGCGCGGUUUGAGCUAAAGGGCCAGUAUGACGCCAGCAAGAAGAAGAAGAAGAGCAAAGAUUACAGGAAGAAGAUGCAGCAGCAACAGAAACAGUUGGACUGGAGGCCAGAGAAGCAAGGAGAUGUCAGGAAGAGGCAUGAAAAAGUUGUCAUCAUAAGGAACAUGUUCCAUCCCACUGACUUUGAGGAAGACCCACUGGUGUUGAAUGAGUAUCGUGAGGAUCUGCGGACAGAGUGUGAGAAGUUCGGCGUGGUCAAGAAGGUCAUCCUCUUUGAUAGACACCCGGACGGCGUGGCAUCAGUCGCAUUUAAGGAGCCUGAGGAAGCCGAUGCAUGCAUUCUGUCAUUCAAUGGUCGCUGGUUUGGAGGAAGGCAGCUUUCAGCUCAGCUUUGGGAUGGAACGACAGAUUAUCAGGUGGAAGAGACGACACGCGAGCGGGAGGAGCGGCUGAAGGGUUGGUCUAAAUUCUUGGAUGGAAGCAAUCAAGACCAGCAGAAAAACACUGCAGAGCCAGCAGAGGGCAGCACCACCACAGAACCCACAGAGCCCUCCACAACGAUGGCGCCCCAACAGCAGUCAACAGAAACAGAACCACAGGAACAGGAAGUGGACUCUACAGACAGCAGCCUGGCAGGAAGUGAUGAUGAGGAUGCCUAAACACUUACAUGAACAUCUUUGCUCCCCAUGGCAACCAAUUAGGACAGUCCUACUUGAAGGUGAACUGUGGCAAAGCUCCGUGUUGAGCAGCGAGGAGGAGAUUAGGACAGUUUGAGCUGUUUUGUAAUGUAGAAAAAUAAAAUAAUGAUUUUGUCUACCUUUUUCCAUCAUUUUGGUUUAUAUUGUAAUUAGACCUGGGUUUUGCGGGUUAUUCCUUAAAAAUGCAGCUUUCCCUUAAUUUCAGUGUGUCAGUUCAUUUACAGUAUUGCGCUGAUAAUCCUUAAAAAUAUUAAUGAAUUACAGAAGAUAAUCGAGACAGAAACUGUGAUGGAUUUGAGUUGUAGAAGACUGUUCAGCUCCAGUGCUCAUUCCACUUUAUUAAAUGCCAGCGAUUCACUCUGAGUUGUUCAUUACUUCUUGGAGUAUAUUAGAGUUUUUUAAAAAGCAGAAUUACAUCGAAAACAGCAGCUGAAUAUAUGUUCUUUAUUUUCUGUACUCACACCAGAUCCAGUUCCAUUAUGGCUUUGUGUUUUGCAGCUCAGCAUGUCAUGACAACACUUGUGACAGUAAUGAUACUGUUGCCUAACAAGAGAAGGUGAACAUGGAAAAGGUGACAGAGAAGAGACUGAUGGAGAGAAAAGAGGAGGAGAGAGAAGAAAGAACAAGACAAAGGAAAGGAGGAAUUGAAUAGAGGAAAUAGAAAAUGAGGAAAGAGAAGGAGAGGAGAGAGUUGGCAGGGGUAAACUCUUUCUCCCAUCCUAACUCCCCUCUUCCCUUUCAUUACUCCCCUCCCAACAUCCUUACUCCCCAGACCCCGCCCAAUCCCUCCUCUCCCUCCACCCCCUCAACCAGCCCACCAUACUAACUACCUCCACCCUCUUACUCCAUCAUCCCUCCUCACACCCUUUAUGCACCACCCUCCUCCCUCCAUCAUCCAUCCUUGGUCUCCGUCCUUCACAUCACUGCAUCCCCACAGAACCAAGCUG